AUGUCAGACUUGAACAACAAGGACACACCUGUCCAAUCUAGUCCAGACAGCAGUACAAAUAAUACCAAUGCUAGCACAACUAACACCACCACCACUACCGCCACCAGCACCAACAACAAUAGCAACAACAAGUCUUCUAGUCCCGCGGUUACCACUACUACGCCGAGAUUGACCCAACAGCAAUUACUUGAAUUGACAAACAAAUUUAAGGAAUUGGUUACAGAAGCUAAAAGGGUAGGAGAAACUACACAGAGAGGCAAAGAACUUUUAAUUCAAGCAUCAAAGAUAAAAAAUAUUUAUGAUAACUAUACAAGGGCCAUCAGACAGAGGCAAGAUAUUCACAAAUCUAAUAUUGCAGCCAAUUCUUCGCCUUCACUUUCAUCUGGAUCUGGGUCUGGAUCUGCUUCUGCUUCUGCUUCUACUUUGUCCACUAAUAAUAACAAUAACAAUCAUAUGAACAUCGGUACCCCUACCUCAACGGUUAAUACUCCUACCACGAACAUCAACACUCCAACUUCUAGCUCCAAUAGUAACAACAACAACAACAACAACAACAACAAUAACAAUAAUAAUAAUAAUAAUAAUAAUAAUAAUAACCAAUUUGCCAUGUUAAUGAGACAAGCAUUGACUCCAGAGCAAAAUCAACAGUACGAAAAAUUAUCAAUUGAAUUUCAAACAAGGGCAAGAAACAUUAGAGAGAAACAUAAUUUCAUUAAACAAAAUAUUGACACUUUAACACAAGAGAUUAACAAACUGAGUGAUUUAGAAACAAAGAAACAACUAGUUGAGAAAAGAUCCGAAUUGCUUAACACUCUAAGACAGUUAAGUCAAGAACAUAACAAUUUAAGGAUACAGUUUCAAAAUGGCAGAAAAAAUUUUUAUAUAGAAUCUGCUAAAAACAACCCUGAUUUACAAAGAAUUUUACAAAGAUCAUCCCAGCAAGCCACCCAUUUAUCUCAAGCACAAAAUUCAGGAAUUACACCACAACAACAACAAAAAACUCAAAACCAAUCGAUUUCAAAACAAGAUAUUGUAUCCCAACCAAAUUUACAAACAAAGAAUGAGAGCACCGAUAACUCUAAACAACAACAAGUACAAGCCCAGGGACAAGUUGACUCAUCAGCAAAAUCCAAUAGUACUAAUGAAACACAAAAUAAGAGUGCCACAAUAAAAUCUCUAUCCAAUAACAACGUCACUACUAAUACGAAAACUGACACUCAAACUGCGCCUACAAAUGAUAAGAAUAAUAGCACGAUUAACAACACAGCAACUGUUAAGAAUAAUAAAGCUAAUAAUAAUAGCAACACCUCAGCUCAAGUAACUAAUGUCAAUGCAACUGCUGCUACCAAUGUAUCAUACUCUACCACAAAACAAAAAAUAUUCAAAACUUCAGAACCAAAUAUUCCAAUAACAGAAAACCUAACUACAAGACAACCAAAUGCAAUAACAUAUAAAAUAAAUAGACCAACCAUGAUGGGUGGUUCCGCCAUGAGCGCAGCUUCUUUAAACACACCAGUAAUGACAAAGAUCCCACCUUAUGAGCUAGAUACUGAGAGGGUAAUGUCAAAGAGGAAGCUCAGAGAAUUAGUUAAAGCCGUAGGUGUAGAUGAAGGUGAUGGUGAAACUGUUAUUGACGGUGAUGUAGAAGAAUUACUCUUGGAUUUAGCAGAUGAUUUUGUCACUAAUGUCACCUCCUUUGCUUGUAGGUUAGCAAAACAUAGAAGAUCUGACAAUUUAAAUGUCAAGGAUAUUCAACUUCAUUUAGAGAGAAAUUGGAAUAUAAGAAUUCCAGGCUACUCUGCGGAUGAAAUCAGAAGUAUUCGGAAAUGGAACUCAAGUGCAGUUUACAAUCAAAAAUUGCAAGCUAUAAAUACUGAAAGAAACCAUAAAGGUCUAAGCAGUUCAGGUAAAAUUACUAAGAAAUGA